AUGCAAACUUUUGGAAUCGGCUAUGAACACCAGAGAUUCGAUAACAGCGACUUCAUCAAAGUGAACUUAACGAACGUUAAGCAGAGCGAUAGGCCAUUGUACAAAUCCGCUCUCUUCCUGGACGAAUUCGAGGUCGUUACGCCGUACGACAUAAGCUCGGUGAUGCACUUUGGAAGCAAGGAAAAUGCAUUUUCGGCACAGUACGCCGUCAUCUCAGCGGUCAAUCCGAUCAUGCAGUAUUCGAUUGGCCCGGAAAUCCGCAGCAGUGACCGACCACUGAGUAGCAGGGAUGUUUCAACACUGAAUCGCAUUUUCCUAUGCACAGAUCGAUGCUCGAGGGAUUUGCCAUGCAUGCAUGGCAGCUAUCCGACGAGAGACUGCACCCACUGUGUGUGCCAGUACGGUUUCUCAGGAAGGUUCUGCGACAAGCUUCAAAUGGCUAACCGCUACAACGUUGACGGAUGUGGCGUGAUGAACGGAAGCGCCGGAUACAUAGUGUCGCCUGGUUAUCCGGAGCAAUAUCCGAGGGGCGCGUUUUGCCAGUGGCUGGUGCAGGGCAAGAGCCGGUCUGAGCGGGUGCGCUUCGUCAUCAAUUCAUUAGACCUCGAGUACGAAACGGUCAUUCGCUCGGAUCGCUGUAUGGACACAUUUUACGUGUGGCCUCAUGGCACAGAUGUGCUGACGAAAUCGCUCUCGUGCUUUCCCGAUGACGCCCGUGCCGUGGUCGGCAGAUGGCACACCACCCAGAGCAACUGGCUGCUGAUCGAGUUACGCACGAACCCGUGGGGAGACGCACCACACGGCGGCUUUAACGUCUCUUACGAAACGAUCGAUCUCCAGACAAAGGCGUUUCGAAAGACCUCGCACAACGGUAAAUCUGAGUCCCGGCGUGUGUGCCUCGCUCCAGCGGUUGGUGAGUGA